UUCCCCUCCUCAGGAAAAAGAUUUCUUGUCCUCUCAUCACCAGUAAAUUGGAUCCGAUCUGAUCUCCCAUCCUCUUCUUCUCCACUCCUCACCAUCCUUCCCAAUUGCUUCUCAAGAUUUCUUUAUAAUUUCUCGCUUAGCCUCUCAUGGAGUCUGCGCACGAGAGCGGCAAUGCCAAUGGCGCCGUCAAGGGCUUGUGCAUCAAAGACCCAUUGAAUUGGGUGGCCGCGGCGGAGGCCUUAACCGGGAGCCACUUUGAUGAGGUUAAGAGGAUGGUGGAGGAGUUCAGGCAGCCUAUGGUCAGGCUGGAGGGCGCGAGUCUCAAGAUAUCGCAGGUGGCGGCGGUGGCGAUGGCGGAGUCGGCGGCGAGGGUGGAGCUCUCGGAGGCGUCGAGGGAGGGGGUGCAGGCCAGCAGCCAGUGGGUGAUGGACAGCAUGAACAACGGGACCGAUAGCUAUGGGGUCACCACUGGGUUCGGUGCCACCUCUCACAGGAGGACCAAGCAAGGAGGAGCCCUACAGAAGGAGCUCAUCAGAUUCCUCAAUGCCGGAAUCUUUGGCUCCAGCCCGCAAUCGGUCCACACAUUGCCCCCCUCUGCGACGAGGGCGGCGAUGCUGGUCCGGAUCAACACCCUCCUCCAGGGCUACUCCGGCAUCCGGUUCGAGAUCUUGGAAGCCAUGAACCGCCUCCUGAAUUCCAACAUCACCCCCUGCGUCCCCCUCCGGGCAAGCAUCAGCGCCUCCGGCGACCUCGUCCCCCUGUCCUACAUCGCCGGCAUCCUGAGCGGCCGCCCCAAUGCCGUGGCCAUCAGCCCCACCGGGCAACCGAUCGAUGCCGCGGAGGCGUUCCGGCUCGCCGGAAUUCCCCACGGCUUCUUCGAGCUGCAGCCCAAGGAAGGGCUGGCGCUCGUCAAUGGCACGGCCGUGGGGUCCGGCCUGGCUUCCCUGGUCCUGUUCGAGGCAAACAUCCUCGCACUCCUCUCCGAGGUCCUGUCGGCGAUCUUCUGCGAGGUAAUGAACGGGAAGCCGGAAUUCACGGACCACCUCACCCACAAACUGAAGCACCACCCGGGCCAGAUCGAGGCGGCGGCCAUCAUGGAGCAUGUCCUCGAGGGCAGCUCCUACAUGAAGUUGGCCAAGAAGCUCCAUGAGCUCGACCCCCUCCAGAAGCCCAAGCAGGACCGCUAUGCCCUCCGGACCUCGCCCCAGUGGCUGGGCCCCCAGAUCGAGGUGAUCCGCUCCUCCACCAAAUCCGUCGAAAGAGAGAUCAACUCCGUGAACGACAACCCCCUCAUCGACGUCUCCAGGAAGAAGGCCCUCCAUGGAGGCAACUUCCAGGCUACUCCCGUCGGCGUCUCCAUGGACAACACCCGUUUGGCGAUCGCCGCCAUCGGGAAGCUCAUGUUCGCCCAGUUCUCCGAGCUCGUCAAUGAUUUCUACAACAACGGCCUGCCAUCCAAUCUCUCCGGCGGCCGGGACCCGAGCUUGGACUAUGGCUUCAAGGGUGCAGAGAUUGCGAUGGCAGCCUACUGCUCGGAGCUCCAAUUCCUCGGGAACCCGGUCACCAACCAUGUCCAGAGCGCAGAGCAACACAACCAGGAUGUCAACUCCUUGGGCUUGAUCUCGGCAAGGAAGACGCAGGAGGCGGUGGACAUCCUGAAGCUCAUGUCCUCCACCUACCUGGUAGCAAUCUGCCAGGCCAUUGAUUUGAGGCAUGUGGAGGAGAACUUGAAGAACACGGUGAAGAACACCGUGGGCCAAGUGGCGAAGAGGGUGCUCACGAUGGGCGUGAAUGGCGAGCUCCACCCGUCGAGGUUCUGCGAGAAGGACUUGAUCAAAGUUAUCGAUCGGGAGUAUGUCUUCAGCUACGCCGACGACCCCUGCAGCUCGACCUACACUCUCAUGGAGAAGCUGAGGCAGGUGCUUGUGGAGCAUGCAUUGAACAACGGUGAGAAGGAAAAAGAUGCGACCACUUCCAUCUUCCAAAAGAUAACCGCCUUCGAGCAGGAGCUCAAGGCUGUGCUACCCAAGGAGGUGGAGGCCACGAGGGUGGCGUUUGAGAAUGGGAACUUGCCGAUCGAGAACAGGAUCAAGGACUGCAGGUCGUAUCCUUUGUACAGGUUUGUGAGAGAGCUCGGUACCGGGUUUCUCACAGGUGAGAAGGUACGGUCUCCGGGAGAGGAGUUCGACAAGGUGUUCGUGGCUAUCAACAGGGGGAUGGUGAUCGAUCCUCUUCUCGAGUGUUUGAAGGGGUGGGAUGGUGCUCCCCUCCCCUUGCAUUAAGAUGGAGACGCCGCUGGGGGGAAGAUGGGAAGCUUCUUCAUCCUCAGCUUUCAGAUCUUCUGGCUCUAGUUUCAACUGUGAACCUCAUGUUGUAUUGUUUUAAGUAUAUGUUCCGUUUUUUCAUUUGAACUCUUUUAUUCUGUUUUAUGUUCUCAUGUUCAUGUACUUUUGAGAAUCCAUAACAUCUUGUUAUGCAAGGACAAAUGUAGCAUAUAGACACAUAAAUGCAGUUUCCUGAAGUUGUUUACGAGUUCAAAAAAA